GCCAUUGGCAUGGGACCUCGUGUUUCUGCUGUCGCUCAGCGCAGUUUUAGGACCCCACCGGCAUGCCGGGCUGCUGGAUGGAUACUUCUCUUGGAUCAGGCACGCAGUGGCUCGCGGUGCGCCCACUCACUGAUGAAGUGGCCGUAACCAGCUGGAGAACGCAUGCCAUGCGCAAGCACGAUGAUUGACGUGAUGCGAGUCCAGAGGGGUGUCCUUGACCAGAUGCAGUAUCUCCUGCUUUCACAAUGUGGUUCCAGGCUCUUUCUCCUGUACACCUUGGGGGACACUGCACAACAGCGGCCUUGCAGAUAUGAAGGGCAAUGAAACAGGCCCCUCUCACGAAAACAGCUGAAGGCUUGGCGAUGCCCUCCUCCUGUGAAGUAAUAUUGCAACCGGGAGUGCUUCCUCGGCUCUAGGCAGAGCUGAUGGCUGUUAAUCUGGCGCCAGCUCAGCAACGAUAAUUUGCAGUGCACGGCUGCGACACUCUGCGGAGCGUAUGACGCCUCUUGCUGCAUCAGCAGCUGCCGGGCAGGAGCUGCAACCCCCGUCACUCAGAGCUGCGGUCUGUUGACCUCCUCUUCAGCUGCCGCUUGGCCUCCCUCAAAGUGAGAGAAGCCCCGUGGGCCUAUGCACCACAGCAGGCCGCCAUGCUGCGCAUCCCAGCAUUAGCAGCAGGAGGGGCUGCUGCCGGCCCCGCCUCGGGCCGCAAGCCGUCCCGCAAGUCGGCCUCAAGCACGGCCAGGCCGGCUGCUGACCUGGCUGCCAAUGGUGCUGCGAGCAAGCUGCGGCGAGGCAGCACCGGAGAGACGGAGGGAAUGGGGGCGGCGGUGGCGGCGGGCGCUCUGGGCCCCCACGUGGUGGCCAAGACGUGGCAGCAGCAGGUGGAGCGCGUGACGGCGCCGAUGGGCAGCGUGGCGCCCAGCCUGCAGGGCAAAGAGAACAGGUUCCGCUCCACCGCCGUCUACUGUGAGGUGAAACUACGGGAGAUGCUGCACAAGGGGAAAAAGGACCAGAAGGGGCUCGCCACAGCGGAAGAACCCGGGGCACCCGAUGCCUACCGCACUGCAGUGUGCUGUCAGCUGCUGAGCGAGCUGUGCGAGCUGGGCCUGCCGUUUGCGGCGGUGCUCACGGUGAUCCGCGACGAGCUGGUGCGCGCCAUCUACAGCGACCACUUCCUCUCGCGCGACGGCUCGCUCACCUUCGACCAGGUCCCGUUCUUUGUGGUGGUGACGCGGCUAGAGGCGGACAAGGCAGAGAUGGCCGCAGAGCGGGAGCGCUGGAAGGCGGCGCUGCUGGAGCGGCAAGGGGACGUUGGGCGCAUCGAGCAACAGAUGCAGGCGCUUGAGGCGCAGGUGCGUGCUACCGAGGGCGCCAAUGCGGGGCUGCGGGCCGAGCUGCAGGCGGGGCAGGAGGCGUUCGAAGGGGCCAAGGCGGAGGUGCGGCUGACGCGCGAGGAGAUGAAGCGACUGAAGAAGGAGCUGCUGCGCGCCAAGGAGGAGGUCCAGCGUGCGCUGGCGGUCGAGGCCGAGUGCCUGGCGGAGCGCGAGGACUUCCAGCGGCUGCGCGCCACCCAGCAGCAAAGCGUGCACGAGCUGCACCGCCUGCAGGCGCACCUCGAGACCGAGAGGCGCGAGGCCGCAGACAGCGUGCCCAAGAAGGAGCUGGACGCGGCGCAGGUGGCGCUGGUGGAUGUGCAGGCCAAGCUGGCGGUCGCGCUGGUGGCCGCCAAGGAGCGGCGCGGGGAGCUGACGCCGCGGCCCGCGUGGGCCAAGCUGCGGCAUGGCGGCGCAGGCGCGCGCGGCGCCACGGCGGAGCAGGCCGCGGAGCUGUGCGCGCUGACGGAGCGGCUGGGCGCGGAAGUGGACGGGCUGCGCGAGGAGUCGGCGCAGGCGCGCGUCACGCUGGCCGACCUCACGGAGCGGCUGCGCGAGGCGGACUGUCUGGCGCCGCCCGACGUGGCCGUCAUGCCCGACGCCGCGCGGAGCAUCGAGGAGCUGCCGGGGGUCGCCGGGAAGGACCCCGACCGCUUCAAGGUGCUGGGCUGUGGUGCGGAGUUGCCGCGGUGUUUGCGCGCGGUGGGCCCGGCAGUGCACAAGAUCCAACUGCACGAGGAGGUGUUCCUGCAGACCGUGGCCGACAUCUGGGACAGCAAGGCUGCCUUCGACGCCGAGCGAGCCACCCGGUCCACCAUGCCGGAGUACUUGUACGCGCACGUGCGGCGCAGCGUGGAGACGCACGGCGCGGUGGUGGAGUGGACGUACACCAUGCUGCACGCCCUGCACCGCCUCCCGCGCCUCCCGCCGCCCGUCGACUGCUUCCGCGCGGUACUCUUUGGCGAGCUGAGCGAGGCGGCGUACCGCGACGGCUGCCGUAUGGCGGCGGCGCUGGCGGAGCUGCUGCGGACGGUGGCACGCGCGUGCUCGCCCACCAACCAUACCAAGGCGCGCACUGCGGACUGCCUUGAGGCGCUCGACGCCUUCUUCCCUGCCAAGAGCGCUGACAGCCGCAAGGCGCUGCACAAGGCCCUCCGCGCGCAUGCCAAAAAGGAGGAGGUGGUGAUUGAGGACGUGCUGGGCAGCGGCCUGGCGCCCCCCGGCUUGCUGGGGCUGGCCCUGGAGCAGCACCUCGCCGAAGUGCGCGACUACACCGCGCGCCUGCGCGCCGCCCUCGACCGCCUGCGGACCGACGCCGCGGAGCAGAACCGCACCAUCACGCUCGCCGACGUCAGCACCGCCCUCGAGAGGUUCGACAGCAGCAAGGCCGGGCCGGAGCUGGAGGCGCUCCUGGCGCUGGGGUGCGGCAUGGUGGCGGCGGGGGAGAUCCCGGGCAUGGUGGCCGCGCGCGUGGACGUGGACGUGGAGCGGUUCGUGGAGCGUGUGCUCCGAACGGGGCUGGUCAAGGGGAGCAAGAGCUACGACACGAGCGCCAUCCUCAAGUGGAAAGUAGAGGGGACGCUGGACGAGGGGGCGCUCAGUGACGGGGGGCUGCCCGAAACCGCUUGACGGAAAUGUCUCUGGCAAGAACAAACUUGUGCACAAGUGUCGGCGUCAUCCAUUCUACCCGUCAAGACCUUAACCACCUCUUUUCAACAUGAACUCGCUAAUUGCAG